CAAACAAACAAACAAACUCUUCAGCUUUAUAUAUUAGUAUAGAUAGGUAAGUUAAGAUUUGUAAGCACAAAGUGCAGGUUCGAUCCUAACGGGCAAAGUACCAAAGUGACUUUUCAAACUGAUACCUGAGUACUUUAUUCAUUCUAAGACACCGCUGACACGGUGACGAAAACCAUCGCAAAGCUGGAUAUCAAAUAUUGGAAUCAUAAAUCACAAACCCGCAGUGAGCUAGCGUGGCUGGCGAUAAAUACUCGAAACCUUUCCCUAUACGGAAAGAGACCAACGCCUCAAAUAAAAAAACAAUAUAAUUCUUAAUACUUACUUAGUUUCUGUGCUUUCAUAUUAAAUUAAUGCAACUUAAAGAUAUUCAGAUUCUAACUAUAUAUCUUACACUGGAUUUUAACUUAAUUCAGCAUACUGUGAGUGAGGACUAUAGAUAUUUAAUUAUAUAAUGGUCCACUUUGUUUAUUAAACUUUCAUGAUAGUCAUGCGUGUCAAACGUACAAAUUACACGACUAAUUCAGUUUACAUUAUCGAGAUAUCAAAUUAGGGAUCCGUGAGCUAUGUUAAGCAUCGUAAUAUAGCAUUUACUACUCUGUUUAAUUUAUUCUUAAACUCGCAAAAACCAUUUUUUGCAUUAUUGGCAAACAGCGAAAUAGUUGCGAGAUAGCGCAAAUGACUGCGUGGAGAAGAAUCUCUCUUCCCCUCGCAAUACUAGGUAUUACCCGGUGGUAGAGCCUCAGGUCUAUUUAAAAAUAGCUACUACAAAGAUUUACAAACUGGUUACUAUGAAAACUUAGAUACUACUACAGAAUCUCAGAAUUUUAUGGACUGGAAAAAAAUAAGAAAUAGAAAGAAAAAAUCAUUAAUACAUCUCUGCCUUUGUUAGUCAUGGUAAUUUACUAAAAUGUGUGUUGUCAUAAAUCGGUAUGUGGAAAUAUCACGCAAGGGCAGAUCGAUAUUACCGAUGCUAUCAAUGCCACGUGAUUUUAGUCAGCUUAGUGCCGGUCUUGUGUGUACACAAAUGAACAUUCUACCGGAAAAUGUAAUAGGUCAUGAAAGUGUAUCCUGAAAAUAUUAAAAAUGAUUAUUCACGUUCAAAAAAGAAAAGGGCGUCUUCAGAUGUUAGUGGCAUAUCAUUGCUGGCUACAAGCCUUCGUCAUCAGACAACGGAAUUCUUUAACAAUUCAACUUUGCAUGGUGUGCGAUACAUCGCUGAAAAAGACAGACCGUUUUGCGAAAAGUUUAUGUGGUUUAGUUUUACAGCCGUCGGUGCUGUUACAACCUGUAUCAUAAUUGUUAGCUUAUGGGAGAAAUUUCAAACGAAUCCUACUAUUACGGGUUUAGAUACGGAUUUUCACAAUUGGGAUGUACCUUUUCCGGCGGUAACAGUGUGCGAUGCAAAUCCAGUUGAUGACGAGCUACUGGAAGCUUACAUAGAAAGUGUUUGGGGCUCCGAUCCACCUGAAAAAGCUGGGGAAAUGCUGCGAUGGAUGGCGACACUCAGUUAUCGUUCAAUAGCAGAACAUGCUUCAACAUAUCUCUCGGAUCCCUCUUUAGUUGGAAAGACAGAAGAGGAUGCUCCUGCCCCGGUUAAGAAUCCUAAAGAAGCAAUUUUUCAAAUCGUCCGUCACUGUGAAUCGUCGUUUUAUGACUGUGAAUGGAAGGGAGAUUCAGAAGAAUGCUGCGACGUUAUGGUGCCAGUGUUCACGGAAAUGGGAUUCUGUUACGCGUUCAAUUCGAAACAUGCAGAAAAAACGUGGCCGUGGCAAAGUCAAGCCCAAGCGGAACAAUUUAAUGAAGCUUUUAUUCAUGAAACCGACGCAAAAUGGUCUUUUAUGUUUAACUCGGAACGUAAAAACACAACUUUUGAUAUUUACAUUCAUUCAACUGAAGAGAUGGCAGGUCUUGAACAAAGCGCACAACAUAAUUGGGACCGUCGCGUGGAAAAGGUCUCGUUUUCUGUAAAGCACACUUACACGACUGAGGACGCCCGCCAGCUUUCUAUUCGUCAACGACGUUGUGUGUUUGCCGACGAACUGCAUUUAGAGACCUCCAACAUUUAUACUUAUUCGGCUUGCAUGAGACAGUGUCGUAUGCAACGAAGUAGAGCAUUUUGUAAAUGUGUACCGCAUUUCUAUCCACCUCUUAAGGGCUACAAGCAAUGCACUCUCCCGGAACUAAGCUGUAUAGCGCAAUACGCAGCUGCUAUAACGGACGUGACGCGAUGCACCUGUGAACUUGGCUGCUCUCACACCGUGUACGAAGUUGAAAAACUUUCCGACGUCGAGGCAACACGUAAUACCGAAAACACUCUUUUGGAGACAGAAUUUGUUUCAUGGCCAAUGGUUCGCUACAAACGUGAGGUGCUUUUCGGUUGGGUCGAUUUAUUGGUGUCGUUCGGCGGCAUCGCGGGUCUCUUCCUUGGCUUCUCUUUGCUGUCUGGCGUAGAGCUGAUCUACUACUUCACGUUGCGGGCAUGGUGUGCAGCCGCACGCGACGCGGACACCCUGCGUCAGGAACGUGCUGAAAGACUUGCUAGACCUAAGCCGCCUCAUGAUCUCAGCCUUGUGCCUUGGUGGAAGCAACCGCCAGCACCGCGCAGUGCCCGCCCUUUGGCAGUACGCGCGAAAGACGUGCAACCACCGGAGUAUUCGCCACCGCCAGCAUAUCCAACCUACUUACCUUAAUUACAAUAAAUUCUAUUUUACUCAUUGAAACGACUACGGCUUAAUCUAAUAACCAUGUUAAAAAGUGUUAUCUGGAGUAUGGGAAAGUAAAACGACAGAAGUAUUUUGAAGUUAAUAUUUAUUACAAUAUUUUGGUCACAUCCAUUCUAAUGUCGCAAUUAGUAAAAUUUAUAUCGAACUACAUUAUCGUGACUAAUUGGACACAAAAACAGUCAACAAGUUCCAAAAAUUCGAGGAAUAUAAACAUACGUACAGUAAAGUCUAAAAAACGAUCACAAUAAUGCAGUUCAAUAAAUAACAAGUUUACAAAAAAAUAUAAACAUUUCGAGAAAACUGUGUAAGAAUAACAGUUUAUAUAUACAUUUUAUUAAAUUUAUACAAUUUGUUAUCUAAGAACCAAAGGGACUAAAUCAUAAUAAGCACCAAACGUCUAGGUUCUAAACAAUUAGGAAUGAAUGUUCUGACUAAUCAAACGUAAAUUACUAAUAUUGCAUAAAUAAAUUGAGUCAGUAUUCAUUUCACACACUUUAUUAUAAUAAAAAUGAAUAUAACAUAAUACUUGCGAGUCUUGCUUUUGUGAACACCAGAUAUUACAUGCUGAUUGUAUUUUUAUCGCAUUAGUCGUAGAAUGGAUUUUACAGCGUUCGUGAACUUAUGACUACUGUCUACUGUUUGAUUACAUAGUACAUUUAAUAAUAUUAAAAGACACAGAUAUUAAUAAAGGCGUAUUGAAAAGAGU